CUCACGGCCUCUCCUUUACUUAAAUAUCUCACCCUCAACUCUAUUUUUUUUUAACUCCUGCUCCAAUCAAGCAUUUCUAGCUAUGAAAAUGAGGCAAGGGUAUCUUUGGGCGGCUUUCUGUUUGUGGGCUUUGACAUUUCCUCUUCUUCAAGCUUCCUCCGAUGGCUUGGUGAGAAUUGGAUUGAAGAAGUGGCGCUUAGAUUAUAAUAGGAUUAGAGCUGCCAGAAUGGCAAGAAGGGCAAAAUCAAUUGGGGGUGUUGUAAAGAGCAUGUAUCAAGGUUUAGGUGAUUCAGAUGGAGAGUCAGUGCUCCUAAGGAACUACAUGGAUGCCCAAUACUAUGGAGAGAUUGGCAUUGGAACACCACCCCAGAACUUCACCGUUGUAUUUGAUACUGGCAGUGCCAAUCUUUGGGUCCCCUCUACCAAAUGCCAUUUCUCAAUUGCCUGCCUUUUCCAUUCCAAGUACAACUCAAGGCUGUCCACAACAUACAUUGAUCUGGGAAAAGAAGGUGAAAUACAUUAUGGGUCUGGAUCAAUUUCUGGUGUCUUCAGUCAAGAUAACGUUCAAGUUGGGAGUAUGGCUAUCAAAAAUCAAGUUUUUAUUGAGGCUACACGAGAGGCAAGCCUUGUAUUCGUAUUGGGAAAGUUUGAUGGGAUUCUUGGGCUCGGUUUCGAGGAAAUUGUUGUUGGGAAUGCCACACCAGUUUGGUACAAUUUGCUUCGGCAAGGUCUUGUGCAAGAAGACAUCUUCUCUUUCUGGCUAAACCGGGAUCCACAAGCCACCGAUGGAGGUGAGAUUGUUUUUGGUGGUGUCGACAAGAGACACUUCAAGGGGCAGCACACUUAUGCGUCAAUCACUCAAAAGGGUUACUGGCAGUUUGAAAUGGGAGAGUUUCUUAUUGGAUACCAAUCAACAGGCUUUUGUGAGGCAGGUUGUGCAGCUAUUGUAGAUUCAGGAACAUCCUUAAUUGCUGGCCCAACGGCGAUCGUGACUGAAAUCAACCAUGCAAUUGGAGCAGAAGGAAUCGUGAGCCAGGAAUGUAAAGAAGUAGUUUCCCAAUACGGAAACAUGAUAUGGGAUCUUCUAAUAUCAAGGGUACAACCUGAUGCAGUAUGUUCACAGAUUGGUUUAUGUAACUUCAAUGGGUCUCAGAUUGAGAGCCCACGAAUCAAGACAGUGGUUGAGGAAGAAGACGCGAGAGGAACAAAAGUUGGGAAUGAAGUUUGGUGCACUGCUUGCGAGAUGACAGUGAUUUGGAUCCAGAACCAGCUAAAACAAAGAAAAACAAAGGAGAUAAUAUUCAGCUAUGUAACUGAGCUCUGCCAGAGUCUGCCAAGUCCAAUGGGAGAAUCAGUAGUUGACUGCGGUAGAGUUCCCUACAUGCCAGAUGUUACAUUCACCAUUGCAGAUAAGCAUUUCACCCUGACCCCAAAAGAGUAUGUUCUAAAAACUGGUGAAGGCAUUACAACCGUCUGCCUCAGUGGAUUUAUUGCUUUGGAUGUGCCUCCUCCUAGGGGUCCUCUGUGGAUUCUUGGAGAUAUAUUCAUGGGGGUUUAUCACACUGUAUUUGACUAUGGUAAUCUCCAAGUGGGUUUUGCUGAAGCUAUGCAGUGACUCUCCAAUCUCCAACAGUCUCCUUACAUUUAUUUACUGAUCAUCUGUUGCUUCUGAGUAAAGCUUAUAGGGCAUUUAUUAUGCAGAUUGUGAUCCCAGUUGUCAUAGGUUAUUAAUAAUGUGUGUGCAUAAAUGUAAUGUUCAUAUAUUUGCGAGAAAAUACAGGUCAUUCAAUGUUUUAACUUCA